GCUGCGGCGGCGGCGAAAAGAUGGUUUGCUUAGCUCGGCUGCUCUUCGCCCGUUUGCCCCGGCUCUGGGCCGGGAACAGGCCCUACGGGGCGCGGGUCCUCUCGGGGAGAGAGGCACAUCAGUACCAAGAACUAAAAAACUCUUUCUGCUUCCAAUCAAAAAUGCCUCCUUGUGCAUUUUUACCUGAAAAGUAUGAGUCCUAUCCUGAUGAACAAAUGCUGAAGAUCCGAAAAGAGAAAGUGUCCCCAUCGGUGAGCGCUAUUUAUAAGAAACCACUCCUGAUCCACCAAGGACACAUGCAGUGGCUGUUUGACCCUCAAGGACGGAGAUACCUUGAUCUCUUUGGUGGAGUUGCUACUGUCAGUGUUGGUCACUGCCAUCCGAAGGUGACCGCAGCUGCUCAGAGACAGCUUGGCCGCCUGGGACACACAAGCAACCUCUAUGUGCAUCCAGGAAUCCAAGAAUAUGCUGAGAAGUUGACUGCACUGCUUCCAGGCCCCUUAAAGGUAAUUUGUCUGACUAAUAGUGGUACUGAAGCCAAUGACCUGGCAGUGUUAAUGGCAAGACUUUUUACCCGCAAUGUUGACAUCAUCUGUUUGAGAGGAGGCUAUCAUGGAGGGAGUACAUACAUUAUGGGUGUCACAGCCAUUGGAAAGUACAAGCAUGGUGUUGCCAAUGGAGCCAACUGCCACUCGACAAUGUUGCCUGAUGUUUUCCGUGGUCUCUGGGGAGGAAGCCACUGUCGUGAUUCUCCAGUGCAAACAAUUCGAAAAUGCUCCUGUUCUUCAGCAACCUGCCAUGCAAAAGACCAGUACAUUGAGCAGUUCAAGGACACACUACAAACUUGUGUUCCAAACAAAGUUGCUGCAUUUAUUGCUGAGCCAAUUCAAGGUGUAAAUGGAGCUGUUCAGUUUCCCAAAGGAUUCCUAAAGGAGGCUUAUCAGCUGGUGCAUGAAAGAGGAGGUGUCUGCAUUGCAGACGAGGUUCAGACUGGAUUUGCUCGAACGGGCAGCCAUUUCUGGGGAUUUCAAGGGCACGAUGUCAUUCCGGACAUAGUCACCAUGGCCAAAGGAAUUGGCAACGGCUUUCCGAUGGCAGCGGUUGUGACUACGGCGGAAAUUGCACAUGCGUUGACAGAGAACCUCUAUUUCAACACAUUUGGAGGCAAUCCUGUGGCUUGCACAGUUGGAUCUGCAGUUCUGGAUGCAAUAGCAGAAGAUGGCUUGCAGAAAAAUUGCGAAGAUGUAGGAACUCACUUGCUCUUAGAGUUUGCUAAGCUGCGGGAUAAGUUUGAAAUUGUUGGAGAUGUCCGUGGCAAAGGACUUAUGAUUGGGAUAGAGAUGGUCAAGAACAAGGAAACUCGCCAGCCGCUUCCAGCUGAAGAGAUGAACGAGAUUUGGGAAGACUGCAAAGAUAUGGGAGUGCUGAUUGGUAAAGGAGGAAUGUAUUCACAGACAUUUAGAAUUAAACCUCCUAUGUGCAUUACUCAAGAAGAUGCAGAUUUUGCAGUGGCUGUCUUUCAUGAAGCCUUAAUAAGACAUAUGGGAAGAACAACAGCUGAAAAAUAGGAGUCCCUUCCCCCUGGACUUGAAAUGCAUUGGGCUCACUGUGAAUAAAUCAGUGAACCAGAA